GUGCGUAGUGACGUCAUUACCUGCGUUCCGGUUUCUCUGAGGUACACAGAGGUCAUGGAUUCCCGUUUCAGCCGCGGAAAGUCGACCAUUUUGGAAAGAUCGUUAGCCCGGCCCAAGACCGAGGUCAGCCUCAGCGCGUUCGCCCUCCUGUUCUCGGAAAUAGUGCAGUACUGCCAGAACCGGGUGUACUCGGUGUCCGAGCUUCAGGCCAAGCUGUCGGAGCUCGGCCAGCAAGUCGGAUGUCGGAUCCUCGACCCAUUGGUCAUGCGGGAAAAGAACGGCAAGCGGGAGACCAAAGUGAUCAGCGCCCUGCUUUUCAUAAAAGUGAACGCCUGGAAAGCGCUCUUCGGCAAGGAGGCGGACAAGCUGGAGCAGGCAAACGACGAUGACAAAACCUAUUACAUCAUCGAAAAGGAUCCCCUCAUCAACGCGUAUAUCUCCGUCCCCAAGGAGAACAGCACCCUGAACUGCGCGUCUUUCACAGCCGGCAUCGUGGAGUCUCUGCUGACGUGCAGCGGCUUUCCCGCCAAGGUGACGGCGCACUGGCACAAGGGCACUACCCUCAUGAUCAAGUUUGACGAGUCCGUCAUCCUCCGAGACAAAGCGCUCGAUGGCCGUUGAGAACGACUCGACUGAGGAGAGACUAUGAGGGCAGGCAUCGUAGAUAGAGUUUUCGUUCUUCCUCAACACACUAGAUACAGUAACAAUAAUGGCCGUGUAGAGAUAAAACAUAAUGGACUCGCGUAAAAAAAUAAAUAAGUAAAAAGCAUUACUUUUUUGGAAUGGAAAAA